CUCGUAGACGGGUUAUGUCUCGGAGAGCAUGAAGAGGCCGUCAUCGAUUAUCUCCUUCCUCAGAACACGAAAGACGAAUUUAUCGAGUUGUCAUCCCUGAGACGGCAAUGGCUUUCCCAGGGAGGGAAGAUCUUCGAGCUUUGCAAGCUUGCUCAGCAUCGGCUGGACGGCUGCGAUGCUGGCCAUGAACAUUGUCGCCGUGCCUUUCGUUCAUCUCCGGCGCCUGCGCAACUACCAUGUCGGCUCAUUCUGCUCGACAACUUGGACUGUGGGGACUUGAGGAUCGUCCGCACUUCCGACAUGGGCGAACAGACGGUUCGGUAUUGCGCCCUAAGCUACCGCUGGCCAGAUGGCGCGCACGCGUACACCAUUCUCAC